AUUAAAAUGGACUGCUCUCUCUACAUAUUGUCAUAUACAUUCAUUUAUGGCCUGGCGCAGGAAGGCAAUGUAACUGCAGGUUACGACUAUGAAUACUUUCCAAGUUAAACAAGCAAAAAAAAUAUGGCCUAAAACUUGUUUUUCUUCUUCAUUCAACUCUAUCUAAUGUUUUCAAGAUUUGUGAAGUUUGAGGCCUGCAGAAGGGCUUUAAUAAGGUUUGAAAAAGAGGGAGAAAAAGAUGCCAGCUGCGGUUUGGUUUUCCUUGAAGAAGUCAUUGAAUUGCAGAUCAGAGGUGGGAGAGGUUCAUGACCCGAAUUAUGGAGGGGGGAGAAAUUUGGGGAAAAUUUCGACGAGUACUAGGAAGAGUACGACGAUUCGGUCAGGGUGUUCGAGGUCGAUUGCGAAUCUUAAGGAUGUUGUGAUUCAUGGGAGCAAGAGGCACACCGAGAAUCCACAACUGCAAAGCCCAAGAUCUAUUGGGAGUAGUGAGCUAUUGAAUCCAAUUGUUCAUGAGGUGGUUCUUAAUAAUUCAACCUGUGAGCUCAAGAUUACGAGCUAUCCUUUCCAAGAUGGCGGCGGCGGGUGUGGUGGCGCUAGCGGCGGCGGUGGUGGUUCAGGUUCACCGUUUGUGGGUACGCUUAAGCCUGGGACUCCUGGCCCUGGAGGGCACCAGGUGGCUCCCUCCAAGAGGCCUGGAGGGUUAGGCAGCCCCAUGAGAAUAGGGUCGUCUGGUAGCCUUUCAAAGAGGACAGGAUCUGGAUUUGGUGGCAUAGUUGUCCGGCCUCGGCCUAGGCCCCGGCCUAAGCCUAAUUGUGGAGGUGAUUACAAUGGUUUUCAGGCUUUGACUUGCCAUAAAUGUGGUGAGCAAUUCUCAAAAUGGGAUGCUGUUGAAUCACAUCACCUUUCCCAACAUGCUGUUACACAGCUUGUUGAAGGGGACUCAUCAAGGAACAUUGUAGAAAUGAUCUGCAGAACCAGCUGGGCAACAAAGUCCGACAACACUACCAAUUGCAAUGGGAUCGAGAGGAUCCUGAAGGUGCACAAUAUGCAGAAAACACUGGCUGAAUUCGAAGAGUAUCGCGAACGGGUGAAGAUCAAAGCCAGCAAACUAGCCAAGAAACACGCGCGUUGCCUAGCAGAUGGGAACGAGCUGUUAAGGUUCCACGGCACAACCGUAGAAUGCAACCUCGGCGCAAAUGACUCCUCGAGCCUUUGUACCUCGGAGAAAUGCAACGUUUGCCAGAUCCUGAGACGCGGUUUUAUAAUCAAGAAGGAAAUCAACGGAGGGGUUGGAGUUUUCACAGCUUCUACUAGCAGUAGAGCACUUGAAGACAUUGAAUUAAGCUGUGGAAACCAAGCUAAGAGGAAGGCACUGAUAGUGUGCAGAGUGAUUGCUGGGAGAGUGCACAGACCACUGGAGAAUGUUGAAGAAUUGGCAGGCCAAUCUGGGUUUGAUUCAUUGGCUGGGAAAGUAGGCCUUUACUCAAACGUUGAAGAGCUCUUUUUGUUGGAUCCCAGGGCUUUGCUUCCUUGCUUUGUGGUAAUCUGCAAAGCAUAAAAUGGAAUUGAAAAUCAAGGAAAUGGAAUGUCAUUGCAUCAGUGUUAUGUACUGGUCACAAAAGAAUUAUGUAACUUUCUCGUAAAUUAAAGAAAUUGAAUGUUACUGUAUACCGGUCACAAAAAGAUUUCAUUUGUUUCCGAAGAUUAUAGUUUAAUUUAUCACGAA